AUGCCAUCCCACCUCAGAUCUUCAAGUGUGCCUUCAAGCCCCUGCGCGGGCGAAACCAACGUUGAAGCACAACUUCAGAGCCUAAACACCGCCGUCUCCUCACCCUCUUCGACCAUCGAGACAAUGCUUGACGGGUUGAGGAGGCUCGGAGAUAUUUACGACUGCAUCGACGAGCUCGCAAGCUUACCCAGGAGCCAAGCUCUCAUCUGCAAGCCGCAGCAUAGGAUUGCUGUGGAGCAAGAGCUCGAGCGCUCCCUGGUGUUGCUCGACCUCUGCGACGCGGUGCAAGUGAGCUUCUCCGAGCUCAAGGCGAGCGUACAGGACAUGCAGCUGAUUAUCAAGAGAGGAGAUGAUGCGGCUCUUCAGGCCAAGAUCCAGUCUUGGUUCCGCCUGACCAAGAAAGCGCAAAAGCAGUUCAAGAAGACCAGCAGAAACUCUUCUCCGGCUGAUGUCGAGAGCUGCAGAAUGGUCUGUCUGUUGGCUAAAGCUAGGGACGUCGCUGUCACAACGAUUGAAUCCUCGGUGGAACUCCUGUCGAAGCAAAUUGCAGCGCCGAAUUCCAGCAAGUGGUCUCUUGUACCCAAGGCGUCCCAGAAGAGAAGUGUGACGUGCAAGGAGGAGCAAUUGCAGGUGCUGGAGUUGGACAUUGUUGAUCUUGAGAGCGGAGUCAAGUCUUUGUUCAGGAGAUUGAUCCAGAGCAGAGUUUCUCUUCUGAAUACUCUGAGCUUAGCAAACGAAAAGACUUCAGCUUCCAACACAAUCAUGGCACCCCACCUCAGGUCCACGAGUGUGCCUUCCAGCCCUCGCUCCGGCGAAACCGAUGUCGACCAACAGCUGCAUAGCCUAAACACAGCCACCGUCUCUCCCUUAUCAACAAUUGGGACAGUGUGUGUUGGGCUAAGGAGGCUUGGAGACAUCUAUGACUGCAUCGAUGAGCGCACAUGCUUGCCUAGCAGCCAAAUUCUCCUCUGCAAAACGCAGCAAAGGAUUGCUGUGGAGCAAGAGCUCGAGCGCUCCCUUAUCUUGCUUGACCUCUGCAAUGUCGUGCAAGUCAGCUUUUCCGAGCUCAAGGCAAGCGUCCAAGACAUGCAGUUGGUUAUCAAGAGAGGAGAUGAUGCAGCUCUUCAGGUCAAGAUCCAGUCUUGGUUUCACCAGAUCAAGAAAGUGCAAAAAAUGCUAAAGAAGAACAGCAAGAAGUCUUCUUCGGCUGAUCUGGAGAGCUGCAGAGUGGUCAGGUUGUUGACUGAAGCUAGAGAAGCCGCUGUCACAAUGAUUGGAUCCUCAUUGGAACUCCUGUCGAAGCAAAUUGCAACAUCGAGUUCUAACAAGUGGGCCCUUGUAUCAAAGGCAUUCCAGAAGAAAAGAGUUACAUGCGAGGAGGAGCAACUGCAGGUGCUUGAGUUGGACAUCGUUGAUCUUGAGAGUGGAGUUGAGACUUUGUUCAGGAGAUUGAUUCAGAGCAGAGUCUCUCUUCUAAAUAUUCUCAGUUUGUAG